UGAGUGUAUAUAUAUAUAUAUAUGUAUAACGCAUUAAACAUUUAUACAUAAAUAAAUUAGGAUACGAAUGGCAAAUGAAUAUAAAUGUACGUACAUAGAGACAAACGAUAUAAUCACAUAAUUGCAUACAUACAUAUAUAUAUAUAUAUACACUCAUUUUGUAUGGUGCGUUUAUUAGCACUUCAUAUAUUUGUAAGUGGUGCACUACGUAAAGAGAAUUUAAAAAUGAGAUGAUAUAAUAAUACUACCCUAAGCCUAAAACAUGACACCUACACACCCACUCAACGCCAUUUGAUUGUCUUCCAAUUAAAUAAUUCUAUGCAAUCAUUAUAUGCAAACGAUCCCAUUUUCAUCUUCUUCAUCUCGACAUCUCUCUCCCAAUACUAAACACUUUCAGACCAAAAUCAUCCUUCAACUCAUCCGGAAAGAAAUUUUUAGACAAUAAAAAACAUAAGAAAUUCUCACAUGAUCACAUCGUCGUCUCUUCUUCUCAUCAACAAAACAGUAGUGUUAAUCUCGAUGGUGCAGAAAACGGAUUAUCACCGAGAGAUUGAGCAGAAAAAUUUCAAGGCUCGAGUGGAAAGUAAGCCCAUCAUUAACGAACAGGUUUCUUAAAUGACGUCGUUUUGAAGUGGGGGCUGAAUUGCAACUAUUCAAAUGUUCCUUUCCACGACCGACACAAACGCGCCAUGGAUUUUGAUUGAAUAGUCACGGAGUCAGGUGCAAAGCCAUUGCUCUCUCUCUCUCUCUCUCUCUCUCUCAUCGACAGAUCUCGUCGACGAUUUUUCCGGCGAAUGCGGUUUCUUUCGUCGCUUGCCAUCGGAACGUCGUUGAUUAAGUUGAGAGGCAUGUCGAGAAGGCACGCGAAUCCUACUCGUAGGUACGGAGAUGGCGGAGGAGCUGGUGGCUUGUUUAGCUCCAAAUCGCGAUCUUCUUCGUAUCUGUCCAUUGGUCUCUUGGUGUUGGGCUCGUUGCUCCUUGUUCUUUAUCUCCGAGGGGGUUCAGGUCGCACGAUAGAGGCAUUCAGUAGAGUGCAAGGAGACUACACCUGUGCCAUGGAGGUCCAACGAGCCCUUCCGGUUUUGAAGAAAACAUAUGGGGACAGUAUGCAUAAGGUUUUGCAUGUCGGUCCCGACACUUGUUCGAUUGUUUCUAACUUAAUGAAAGAAGAAGAUACCGAGGCGUGGGGUGUGGAACCAUAUGAUAUGGAGGAUGCUGACAGCAAAUGCAAAGGGCUCGUCCAUAGAGGCUCUGUCCGAGUUGCUGAUAUCAAGUUUCCCCUGCCAUACAGGGCAAAGUCUUUCCCGCUUGUGAUUGUUUCGGAUGCCUUAGAUUACUUGUCUCCGAGGUACCUCAAUAAGACUCUUCCAGAUUUGGCUAGGGUAUCUGCUGAAAGCCUCGUGAUAUUUACGGGUCAGCAAAGAUCUAAGUCCACGGAUGUCUCAAGAUUCGGGAGGGCGGCAAAGUUGAGGAGUCCAUCUUGGUGGGUUCGGUUUUUCACCCAAACCAGCUUAGAAGAAAACGAAGCCAUGGUGAAAAAGUUCGAGCAGGCUGCUCUACAGAGCUCAUACCAAUCAAAAUGCCAAAUUUUCCACCUCAAAUCCUACCAGUGAGUGACUUCUUACCGAAAGAAAAAGUUUCCACAUUGCCGAAAACGAAUCCCGAGAGCCUCCUCUUCAAGGAAAACUCACUCGUAAUGCCCUUUUCUCUAUCCCUCUUUCCGCUUAGAGUUUCCACAUUAUCUAAUUAUACUUUUCAAUUUAGCUUCUCUAGCCCCUUGAACCAUGGUUGCAACUCCAUGGUCUCAGUUAGGUUGUGCAGGAAACACACGAGGGAAGGCCGGAAUACUAAUAAUGUUGGUUCAUUUUCCACGAUAAAUCGGUCAUCCUCGUGCGUUCUUUUGCAUUUGUUUCCUGCUUUAGAAACACCGAAUUUUGAUUGUGGUUUAUGAUAGAUAUCACUUGGAUGAAAUAAAGGUGAAACAUCAGAAAGAUGGUUGAUUUCUUUCCA